ACCACUGAGCUGAAAUGAAUAGUAAGGCAGGAGGGAAGGCCCUAAAUGAAGAAUCUCUUCUGAAACAUCAACAGCACCUGCAGAAACAGAGAGAUUUAAUCGCCUACAGGAUGAAGAAACUGGCAGCCAAGCAGGUGGCGAUAACAGUGAGUCCUUUGUAUUGUUCUAUUGAAGGUAGAACAAAAGGCUUUAUGACGAAUGCCAUUUGUUAAUCAUUUCUUUUUUUUUGCAUUCAGCCUGCAGGCUUGUAGCCAACACCUGCAAAAUAAUCCGUGGGAUUAGAUGUUGGUGAAAAGUCAUCAUAAGCAGACAUAAUUUUGUUGCAAGGCAGAUUGUUUUCCAUUAGUGUUAUUUCAAGUAACCUCGAUGUUCUAAGGCAACACAAGUAUCAUUCCUAAAUCACAAUGCAUGCUGCUGAGUGACUGGUUUUUACAGAUUCUUACAUUUCUUCCUUAAGUGCCUCAUUGUCUUGAUUUAAGACACUACUGGUGGAAUACAGAGCAUGUCCUCGUGCUGCUGUAGUAAAUUUACCUCAAGGUUAAAAUGUGUUAUAUGGGCUGCAUGGUGGUGCAGUGGUUAACACUGCUGGCUCACAGCGAAAAAGUUCCUGGUUUGAACCCUCGUCGGCAAAAAUUAGCAUGUUCUCUCCCUGCAUGCGUGGGUUCUCUUUGGGUACUUCAGCUUCCUCCCACGGUCCAAAGACAUGCUCAUUAGGUUAAUUGGUGGCACUAAAAUUGCAUGUAAAGUGGAUGUGAAAGUUGAGUGUGGCUGUUUGUGUCUCUAUAUGUCAGCCCUGUGAUUGACUGUUGACCGCUCCAGGGUGUGCCCCGCCUCCCGCCCAAUGACAGCUGGGACAUGCCCCUGACAUGUCCACUGUUUAAAUAUGAAAAAGACCAACGAGGUGAAGGAAAAAAUCAGGAAAAAGUACGAGGACAUGAAGCGGGUUCUGGAUGAUGAUCUUCGGAUCACUCUGACCCAGCUAGACACAGAGCAUGAGGCCACAGAGAAGUUGGUGGAGGACAGGAUAGAGGAGUGCUAUCACCUCACUCAAGAACUGGACCAGGAAAUGUCUGACGUGUUAGCCAAAAUGAAAACACAAGAACUUGGUGUAAUGAACGCUGAAAAAGACAAGAGAAUAUCUGAGAUUCUUAAGUUGACUGACCCUGACCUGAUUCAGAUGGACGAGUUCAAGAACGAACAACUCUUGAGUCUCACCAUCAACCUGCUGCUGUUCAUCAGGUCACAGGUCCCCGUCACCAAGAAGCUGUUUCAAAGCUAUGCUGCAGAUGUUGUCCUUGAUGCUGACACAGCUCACCCAAAGCUGAUAAUCUCCCCCCCAGGUGACUCAGUAACCUACACAGACACCUGGCAGGAUGUCCCAGAAGCUGCUUCCCGCUUUGACACCACCCUGAAUGUAAUAAGCAAGCAGGGCUUCAGCGAGGGCCGCCAGUACUGGGAGGUUGAUGUGAGUGGGAAGACCUACUGGGAGCUGGGGCUCACCUACCCGAGCAUCCCACGCAAGGGCCGUGAAGAGGACUCCUGGUUGGGCCGAGGCAAAGAGUCUUGGUGUGUGGAAUAUUUUAAUGGAGACUACACAGCCUGGCAUGGGGGUGUCCCACAUGAGCUGCCUCUGCUGGCAGGAAAAAAGUUCAACCGCAUUGGGGUGUGCUGCAGUUUCCCCGGUGGUUUGGUGUGUUUUCUAGGAGCUGACACCAUGACGCCUCUCCAUUGCUUUUGCACCGGAACGUUUACUGACACCUUACAUCAGGCAUUAUGUCCAGGCCAUGACAAUGAAGGCACAAAUUGGAAGUCCCUAAAGAUCUGCGAUGCAUCUCGAUCAGCUCCUGUUCUCUGAGGUGGGGCAAGAACACCUCGCGGGGCAGGGUAGAUGGGGCAGAAAUAUCAGGAAUGUGUUUGGCAGUGGGGCAUGGGCAUUACUUAGAGCUGUUUUAUUUUAAACUACUACCUUCCUGCAAGCAUUGGGACUGAGUACUGUACAUGUCAGGCUAGUGUAAAUUUGCCCUGGUGAAUUUCAAAAGCAUAUCUUUCUUUUAGUUUCUCUGGUCAUGUGGCUCAUA